CAGGACAAUGUCAUCAGUCAAAGUGACAAACACGUGCUUGUGUUUUUGUGUCAUCUAACAAAUAGUGCGUUGCAGUAUUAAUUUGAAAAGGAAAAUUUAAGAUUUGUUACAAGAAAAAUAUAAUGGUUAUUUCUGCCAUGACAAAACCAGCCGUUAAAAUAACAGUUUCAGAUAACGAAUCAGAAUAUGAAGGAGACGAAAGUGAUGAAGACCAAAUAUCUACGAAAGCAUCUGACAGUGAUGGAGGAGGCGGGGGAGGGGUAGAAGGUGGCAAUGACGCAGAAUGUGGCAGUAAUGAGGAAGGUAGUAGCGAUGAGGAGAUUGGUAGUGAUGAAGAAGGUAGCAGCAAUCAGGAAGGUGACAGUGAAGAGGAAGGUGGCAGUAAAGGAGAAGGAGUAAUGUUAACAAAUGAAGGCUGGGCUGACUCUGUAGCAAAGAUUUUAGGUACAAAUAAACCAAAAACUAAAAAAACUCUGGUAUUAUCAAGAGCUAAGAAACAUUCAGAAAUUGUAAAAAAAGUAAAAGAAGAAAAGCCAGCUUUUGAAGUUGUUGGUGAAAGUGAGGAAAUUAAAACUGAGAUUAAAAAAGAAGAAAUAGUUUCAGUAGAGCCUCCUAAAAAGAAAAAGAAAGAAGAAAAACCUACUGUACGGAUCAAACCAAAUAUCUUAGAAAAAGACAGGGAAAGACUUCUAUCUAAAAUAGCAACAAAAGGUGUGGUGCAGUUAUUCAAUGCAGUGAGAAAUCAACAAAAGACAAUGGAUAAAGAGCUUGAUAAAGAUUUAACAGAAGCCAAAAAGGAGAAAAUACUGAAGAAGUUUGAUAAGCGUGCAUUUUUGGAUACACUUAUGGGGCAGACGAAAUCUAUAAUAGUUGAUGAACAGACUAAGUCAUUGAAAAAUGAAGUUAAACCAGAAGAAGAAAAGCCUAAAUGGAGUGCAUUGAGAGAUGACUUUAUGAUGGGAGCAAAAAUGAAAGAUUGGGACAAAGAACUGGCAGAUGAUUGAAUAACUUAGUAUAUUUAUUUUAAUAUGUACAUACAUUUAAGUAUAAUUAAAUUUAAUCUUAACAUAUAUUAUGUUGUUUCAUUUAAUAAAAUCAUACCAACUCAUUUUAUAUCAAUUUAGCACAUAAAAUGCCACUGUGUGUUACUGUCAUUAGUGGCAUUGACUGUAAAGUGUUUUUAUCACACCCUACUGUAUU